AUGGCUACUUUCAGUGUUCUCUGUAGCAAUCGGUUUCUAUUCAAAGGUGGUCAAUUUCCUGAGAAAUCUAGUAGAAAGGUGUAUUCCUCGAGGAGUAGUGAGCUUAAUGUCUGUGUCGCUAGAAGAAUGAAUCAGUCGUCUAGUUGCAGAAAACUUGGUGGGUUUCUGGAAAUUGGGUUUAGAACUCAUAGCGAUUCUCGAAAUGGGUUUACUUGUAAUAGCGAGAUCAAGCGACUAGUAAAUGGUAACUACGGAGAUAACGAGACUCGUAUUGGUGAAAAUGGUAGAAACAAAGAGAAGAGAGGAAGAAGAUUCUCUCUUAGGCUUCGUCCUAGAUUACGAUUGUUGAGCAUGAGACUUGGGAGAUUCGAUUUCAGAGCAUCACUGGAUGAUUUUCGGCUAUUUUUGAGAAAGAAUAUCAAAAGAGUGAUCUUAUCUACUGGUGUGGCUGUUGUCUUUGGACUGUGUUAUCUGUUCUUGAGGCUAACCGCUGUCCCGUCUCCAUCCAUUGUUCCUUACUCAGAUUUCGUAACGAAUCUUCGAGGUGGCUCUGUUUCAAAGGUUCUGCUCGAAGAAGGUUCUCGUCGAAUCUACUACAACGCUGAUGAAAACGUUGAGGAGGAGGUUGAAAAUGCUCACAAGUCUGAAACUUUAGAGACUCAAACUGAUGGCGGCGCAGUUACGGAAGAAGUUAUUCNAUGUAUGAGUUUUUCAAACGGUAACUUCACCUGCACAGAGAGAUAA